AUGCUCUUUCUACCAGAUUUCGAUCCAAUCCGUGGAACUGCUAUUUUUAGAACACUACGCUGUUGGCCUAACAGAAUAAUUCCAUAUGAUAUAUCAGCUAUUACAGAUGCUAAUGAUCGAAUUACAAUUACAAAGCCAAUGAAUCAAUUAAUAUUCGAUGUUGGAACACCUAUAGAAGCUCAGGCAGGUGAUAUAAAAAUACUUGAAAUUCAAUAUGGUAACGGAUGUAGUGCACCAAAAUUAAAUUUAUUUGAUAUUUUCUUUUUAGACUUUUGUCAUAAAGAAUCACGACCUGAUCGUGAUUCACAUAUAAAAAUACGUGCAGAAAAUAUUCUAACCAAUCAAGAACAUAAUUUUAAAAAAUAUGCUUGA